AAUCAAGUUGUUGAGUUUGGGACUCGAGUGGAAUCCGAAGGAAUUACUCUGAGCUUGAUGGAAGGAGGAGUACCAGCUAAACUAAAUGUUGAGGUUGACACACUUGUCGAGCAAAGACUUUCUUUUUGUGAACUUGUCCUUGAUGUUUGUGGAAGUAGGGGAGAUAAGUUGUUGACUAAUGGGAUGGUUGGUGAAGCUUUUAAUGAAAAUCUGGAAAUGAUUUUGAAACUUUUGGAGAGUGGGCAAGUGUCGAGCAUUGGUGUUUAUGGUAUGGGUGGUGUGGGCAAAACAACACUGGCAAAGCACAUUCACAAUCGACUCCUCCAACACUCUCAGGGUCGUGUGAUUUGGGUUACAGUCUCUCAAGAGUUUAGUGUUACGACUUUACAAGAUAAAAUAGCUAGUAUUAUAGAUGUGGACCUGGUGGAACGAACAGCGCAUAAUGAAGACAUAAGAGCGGCGAGACUCCAUACAACUUUGUCUCAUAUGAAGAAUACAGUGCUGAUAUUAGAUGAUGUGUGGGAAAAUAUUGAUCUAUCAAUGGUUGGAUGUCCCAUUUCUGUUGAGUGUUGCAGGUUGAUUAUAACUUCUCGCUCCUUACAAGUGUGUCGUCAAAUUUGUUGCCAACAAGUGUUUCAAGUGAAAACUCUACAUCAUCAAGAGGCAUGGGAAUUGUUCAAGGAAACUCUAAGAAAUGAGAUAGAACUUGAUUCUUCGGUAGAAGAAAUUGCCAGAUCUGCGGCAAAAUUGUGUGGUGGUCUGCCCCUAGCAAUUGUUACAGUGGCUGGAAGCAUGAGGGGUGAGAGAGCCAUUCAUACUUGGAGAAAUGCUUAUGCAGAACUAAAAGAACGUGUCACUGGAAAAGAUGGCAUGGGAGAUGGUGAUGUUUAUAACGUAUUGAAAUAUAGUUUUGAUCGGUUGAAUAGAAAUCAUCAUAAUCAGACUAAUGAGUUCAAUACGUUACAACAUUGUUUCCUGCAUUGCGCGUUACAUCCUGAAGAUGAAAAAAUAAUGAGAGUGCAUUUGGUUAGUGAGUUCAUUUCUGGAGGGUUGUUGGAUGAAAGAAAGACAAGGAGAGACCAAGUUGAGCAAGUACAUUCCAUAUUGGAUAAAUUAGUGAAUGUGUGCUUAUUGGAAAGCUCUGUUGAUCCUGAAUGGGUGAAGAUGCAUGAUCUUGUAAGAGGUAUGGCAUUAAAAAUAUGUGAGGUGAAAUAUAUGGUAAGAGCAGGUGAUAAGUCUUCGAAGGAAAUUCCUAGAGAAUCAGAAUGGACAAAGGAUCUGGAGAAGGUGUCCUUAAUGCGCAGUAGCAUAAUGAGAAUUCAAGAAGGAAUGUCUCCUGAUUGUCCUAAGCUCUCUACAUUGCUUUUACAGGAAAAUUUUUGUUUGAAUUUUAUUCCAGAUUCAUUCUUUUCUAAAAUGCAAGGACUAUGCACUCUUGAUUUGCGCUGCACUAUGAUAACAAUGCUGCCAAACUCCGUCUGUGCCAUGAAGAGCCUCAAGGCAUUGCUCCUUAAUUCCUGUCAGAGCCUAAAAUAUGUUCCAUACUUGGGAGAGAUGAAAGAACUCAAGGAGUUAAACCUCUCGCAUACAGCAAUCAAGGAAGUCCCACAAGGAGUUGGGAAAUUAUUCAAUCUCAAAUUCCUCGCAAUGAAUGCGCCUAGAUUAAAUAUGCUUCCAAGAGGAUUGUUUCUUAAACUUGGGAAUCUUCAGCACUUAGAAUUACCAUUCCAUAUGAAAGCAGAAGUUGAAGAAAUUGAGAAUCUGAAACUGCUAGAGGAGUUUAGUGGAAGAGUGGAAAAUGUGAAAGAUUUGAAGUCUUUGAUUACAAGUUGGGGAAAUCGGGUACGUGACACUAGCUACACAAUAGGAGUGGGAUCGUAUGAUGGAGAUUUUCAUACAAGAAUAGGAGCAUGUUAUAAUAAAGAGUUGUUCUUGUUCAAAUGCAACCUUGAAGAUGAGAGAGUAUUAGCAGAGGGAAUUGUGCAGCAAUGUGAGGGUCUGGGCAAUUGCUUUGUGGAUGGAUUGAAGAGAUUGAGAAUUAAAAGUUGUGGAGAAACAGAGUACAUUUGGAGGAGUGAGGCAGGAUUAUCAUCUCAAAUGUCUACUCUUGAAGAAAUUGAACUGAUUGAGUUGGAUGCUAUGAAGGGGUUGAUCGAAAAGGGGGAAAUAGGAGCAUCAGCUGCACUUGCACAACCUGUGUUUUCCUCUCUGACACGGCUAGUAAUUUAUUGGUGUAACAAGAUGAGGAUACCAGUACCAGUAGCUCCCAACCUUGAAGAUAUUCAUAUCAGCUACUGUUAUGAAAUAGAAGAGAUAUUCGACGAAGGAACAAGUUCCCUCACCCUCCCUAAAUUAAAAAGAAUCAGGUUACAAGAGCUGCCAAAACUGAGGAAGGUGGGGAUACUAUCAAGAGCUCCCAACCUUGAAGAUAUUGGUAUAAGGGAGUGUGAAGAAAUAGAAGAGAUAUUCGAAACAAGUUCCCUCACCCUCCCCAAAUUAAAAGACGUAUGGUUAAAAAAGCUUCCAAGAUUGAGGAAGUUGGGGAUACUAUCAAGAGCUCCUAACCUUGAAGUUAUUGAUAUAAGGAAGUGUGGAGAAAUAGAAGAGAUAUUCGAAGAUGAAGGAACAGGUUCCCUCACCCUCCCUAAAUUGAAAAAGUUGAAGUUGAAAGUGCUGCCAAGACUGAGGAAGGUGGGGAUACUAUCAAGAGCUCCCAACCUUGAAGAUAUUGGUAUAUGGGAAUGUGAAAAGGUAGAAGAGCUAUUCGAAACAAGUUCCCUCACUCUCCCUAAAUUGAAAACCUUAUUGUUAAAAGAGCUGCCGAGACUGAGGAAGGUGGGGAUAGUAUCAAGAGCUCCCAACCUUGAACAUAUUGAUAUCAGCGAGUGUGAAAAAAUAGAAGAGAUAUUUGAAACAAGUUCCCUCACCCUCUCGAAAUUAACAGGCAUAUGUUUAGAAAAGAUGCCAAGACUGAGGAAGGUGGGGAAACUAUCAAGCGCUCCCAACCUUGAGCAUAUUGAUAUCAGCGAGUGUGAAGAAAUAGAAGAAAUAUUCGAAACAAGUUCCCUCACCCUCUCGAAAUUAACAGGCAUAAGGUUAGAAGAGCUGCCAAGAUUGAGGAAGGUGGGAAUAUUAUCAAGAGCUCCCAACCUUGAACAUAUUGAUAUAAGGGAGUGUGAAGAAAUAGAAGAGAUAUUCGAAGAUGAAGAAAGACAUUGCCUCGCCCUCCCCAAAUUAAAAGAAGUUUGGUUAUAUAAUCUGCCAGGACUGAGGAAGGUGGGGAUACCACCAUCAGGAGUUCCCAACCUUAUAACUGUUUCUGUGAGUGAGUGCGGAGGAUUAGAAGAUGUGUUCGAUGAUGAAGAAAGAGGUUGUAUCACCCUCCCCAAAUUAAUAAGGUUGCACUUAGAACAGCUUCCAACACUGAAGAGCCUAUGCAAGGGAACAACCAUCAUUUGCAACUCCAUUCAAUCUAUCUAUAUAAAUGAGUGCCCAAGAUUGACGAACAAACUUCCUGUGGUUGUGGAUCUGGCUGUGCCUCGACGAUAUCAGAUAAGGGUGAACCCAGAAUUGUGGGAAUCAUUGAAGUCAGACGAUCCCAACCUCUCUCUAUUUUUCAAAUCUUAUAAAUAUUUAAUCUAAUAAUGCACUGCUUUUGGCGCAAA